AGCCAAACGCUCCCCCUCUCUCUCUCUUUUUAAACCCUCUCUCCCUCUCGCCGUUCUCAUCACCCCAAUCUCUGUCUCUCUCUCGAUUCCUAUCGGCGACUAUCAAUGGCUCUACCGAAUCAGCAGACCGUCGAUUACCCUAGCUUCAAGCUUGUCAUCGUCGGUGAUGGAGGCACUGGGAAAACUACAUUUGUGAAGAGACAUCUCACGGGAGAGUUUGAGAAGAAGUAUGAACCCACUAUUGGUGUGGAGGUUCAUCCUCUCGAUUUCUUCACAAACUGUGGUAAGAUCCGCUUUUACUGUUGGGAUACCGCAGGACAAGAGAAAUUUGGUGGUCUAAGAGAUGGAUACUACAUCCAUGGACAAUGUGCCAUCAUUAUGUUUGAUGUCACGGCUCGUCUGACAUACAAGAACGUUCCUACGUGGCACCGUGAUCUAUGCAGGGUGUGUGAAAACAUCCCGAUUGUUCUGUGUGGAAACAAAGUUGACGUGAAGAACAGGCAAGUGAAGGCCAAGCAAGUGACUUUCCACAGGAAGAAGAAUCUCCAGUACUACGAGAUCUCUGCUAAGAGCAACUACAACUUUGAGAAGCCGUUCCUGUACCUUGCCCGGAAACUCGCCGGGGACCCUAACCUUCACUUUGUGGAAUCACCUGCUCUUGCUCCCCCGGAGGUUACCAUCGACUUGGCUGCCCAACAGCAGCACGAGGCAGAGCUCUUGGCAGCAGCAGCUCAGCCACUUCCGGACGACGAUGAUGACACCUUUGAGUAAAGAGGAGGACUCUGACUGUUGUUUGGUCUGUGUGUCAUGUUACAUAGUUCUUUGCGAGAGAGAAUGGUUACCGUUGCGGUUGGGGGUAUUAUCAUAUAUGCUCUUGGGGGGGGGGGGGGCUUUUUGGUUGUUACAUAUUUAAUCAUCUAAGUAUUUUUUUUCUCUUUUUUUUUUUUGGGUUUCGGAUUUGGAGAUACGUGGGAUUUGGUUGUAGGAGGAGAAGGGUUCUAAAUCCCCGCGAUUUUCCGAACCGGUUAAAAAAAUAUGUAGUUAGGAGCUUCGUUUUUCUUUCUUAAGAAUGUGACUUCGUAUUGGGAUGUGGUUAGGGUUGAUGAGAGACAUGUUUGAUGAGGCGAAUAGCCAACGAGGCCGAGGCUGAGGCAAGAUCGUGUAAUCCCUUCAGUCAGUCGAAUAGAAUAUCUGUAACACCCUCACUUGAAACCUCGUACCGAUAGUUGAUCAAUGAAAUCCGUAUCCAAACCCCCCGGUUGGGGUUUUGGGUCGGCAACCUCGUAUUCGCCAA